AUGUUGAAAUCAGACAAACCCGUCAUUCAAAACGACAACGACUCGGUCAACAAGACCAAGGGCACUGUUGUAAAUGGCUUAGGCGAAAAAGAGGAGCAGGGUAAGGAUACCACGGGCGAAGUUUUGAAUGACAAUCAAUUGAAACAAGUCCAUCUCCCGGCCAAUGCUGGAGGAGCUGAAGGUGGCAACAAUUCUCCAUUGGGAAAUGAAAAAAACUCCUUGGCUGCAAAUGUGGAUUUUUCUGAUACCAAAAAUGUUCCGGCAUUGAGUGGAGACGGCAAAGAUGGGAAUCUGAGUGGUAAUGCCAUGACGAACUCACUGAACAAUUUGGUUUCGAACAAUAUUGAAAGAUUUUUCAGAAGGAGUAAACAGAAAGAAGAGUCUGUUAAAAAAAAAGAACAAGCUGUCUCCGGUGAUGUGUCUUUGAUCCCACUUGAAGAAGACGGAACACCCCGUAAUACACCACCAAAUGACACCAAUGUGGAUACCCAAAGUGUAAAGUCGGCGGACUCAACCAAAUGGAGCAAAAAACAAAUUUUAAGUCUGGUCUUUUCGUUAUUUGCUGGCACACCUCCACAAGACAAUCCCAAAAGCAAUCCAAACUCCAGCGAUGAGGAUUCUGAUUUUACGACUCCAAAUAUACAGUUGAUUGAGAUGCCGAAGAUUCCUUCGCGAUUUCGGGCAAGAGAGAUUAAUGGAUUUGGGAUCCUUUCAAAUUCUCAAUCUUUGCCAAUGGAGACGAAAAAGCAAUAUCAAAAUCUCUUGAAUAGUGGUGUCACUUGCGUUUUGCAAUUUUGCAAGUAUUUGGAAAUCACGAGUGAGAGAUCUAAGAAACAAGAUAUAAGAAAGAGCUUUAUUGUUCAAUUCUCUAGAAUGCAUUCGGAAUUGGCAUUCACUGUGGCAAAUUUGAAUGGGACAGAAAAAGUUAAUACUGAGCUUUUGUUGCUGCUAAAGACUUUGUUCAAUGAUUUGUUUAGCUGCAACCACAUUAUUUGGAUUGCCAAUAAGUUUGAGUAUGAUGAUUUUGGAAGAAAGUUUAGAAAAACAAUUGCGGAGGUUUUGCGUGAAGAGUUUCAGUAUGAGGUUAGUCACAACAGAGAUGAUUUCUACCGUCAUGUUAUUGCCGCUAGUUUAUUACAAUGGAAGAGAAAUAUCCCAUUUCCAAAAUAG